UCUUUGGCCGCGCUUGUGGGCGCGCGGCAAACAGCCGGGAAACCGAGGACCCGAGGUCCAUCUGCAGGAAAGCAUGCCUCAGACUCCUCCCUUUUCAGCAAUGUUUGACAGCAGUGGUUACAACCGAAACCUCUAUCAGUCUGCAGAUGACAGCUGCGGAGGGUUGUAUUACCACGACAACAACCUCCUCUCUGGGUCUCUGGAAGCACUCAUCCAGCACUUAGUACCUAAUGUGGAUUACUAUCCGGAUAGAACAUACAUAUUUACCUUCCUACUCAGUUCUCGGUUAUUUAUGCAUCCAUACGAGUUAAUGGCCAAGGUUUGCCACUUAUGUGUUGAACACCAGAGACUAAGUGAUCCUAAUAGCGAUAAGAACCAGAUAAGAAAAAUUGCACCCAAAAUCCUUCAACUCCUGACAGAAUGGACGGAAACGUUUCCUUAUGAUUUUCGGGAUGAAAGAAUGAUGAGAAACUUAAAAGAUCUGGCUCACCGAAUAGCCAGUGGCGAGGAGCAAACAUACAGGAAGAAUGUCCAGCAGAUGAUCCAGUGUCUGAUCCGCAAACUUGCCACACUCAGCCAGUACGAGGAAGUCCUGGCAAAAAUCAGCUCCACAUCUACAGAUCGGCUCACGGUUCUCAAGACCAAACCACAGUCCAUACAGAGGGACAUCAUUACUGUCUGCAGUGACCCUUACACCUUGGCCCAGCAGCUGACUCACAUAGAGCUGGUAAGGUCGUUGUCUACCCUGCCCUUUGCGACCGCAGAUCUGGUUUGCUGUGGCAACCACACAAGUUGUUUGUCAGCGAGUUGCUACAGUGAACAGAAGAAGACACGAAACUUAGAAGCUUACGUGGAAUGGUUUAAUCGCCUCAGCUACUUGGUUGCCACAGAAAUCUGCAUGCCUGUAAAGAAAAAGCACCGAGCAAGAAUGAUCGAGUAUUUCAUUGACGUAGCUCGGGAGUGUUUUAACAUUGGCAACUUCAACUCCUUGAUGGCGAUAAUCUCUGGCAUGAACAUGAGCCCAGUCUCUCGACUGAAAAAAACAUGGGCCAAAGUGAAGACUGCGAAGUUUGAUGUUCUCGAGCAUCAGAUGGACCCUUCAAGCAAUUUCUACAAUUACCGAACAGCUCUUCGUGGGGCAGCACAAAGGUCUUUAACUGCUCACAGCAGCAGAGAGAAGAUUGUGAUACCCUUCUUCAGUCUUUUAAUCAAAGAUAUUUAUUUCCUCAAUGAGGGCUGUGCCAACCGCCUUCCAAACGGCCAUGUCAAUUUUGAGAAAUUUUGGGAACUGGCCAAACAAGUGAGUGAAUUCAUGAUAUGGAAACAAGUGGAGUGUCCAUUUGAGAGGGACCGGAAGAUCUUGCAGUAUCUGCUCACAGUACCAGUCUUCAGUGAAGAUGCACUCUACUUGGCUUCCUAUGAGAGUGAAGGACCUGAAAAUCACAUAGAGAAGGACAGAUGGAAGUCCCUAAGGUCCAGCCUCUUAGGCAGAGUUUAACCAACAGGGGAUGCUGACUGUCACUGCUGCUGCUGCUGUCGCUCGGAUCGCUGAAGGGCUGGCCUUUGUUUUCUGGCAUCUAGUUCUACAAAAAAACAUGCUAAGUCCCCGCGAGCAAACUCACUCAAGAGCAGAUGGGGGACUUGUUUCCCACAGCUGACAGAUUGACUCGGAUUUUGUGAGAGACUGAAAUGUUCACUGAAGACACUUGAGAAAGAAUCCUCUACAGAUCCCAGCUCUGCACAUGAUUCAUCUUCUGGAAUUUCCAUGUGAAUCACAGCUCUGCACCUGGAUGGAGCUUUCUUUUGUGUGUGUGUGUUUUUUAUUUGGUUGAACAUUUGCUGCUAAUGGGACUUGCCCAGCUGAGUGCUGGCUCUGAGGAAGCCCAUGUUUCUUUGUUAACUUAAAUGAAAAAGGGAGAGGAGGGAGGGGAGAAAACCUUCCAUGUAGAUCCCCGCUCCAGCCCCGUGGUAUCGCCAGGAGGGGUAAGACUGGUUGAAUGCUGACUCUGGACUUUGUUUCCCCUUAGUGUGUGCUGUGUUUUGAAUUCCUCUCCUCCCUCUUCCUGCAAGAUUUUGAGUUGGCUGCUGGUUAGCAAACUCCUUUUUACCCAUAUAAGUUAUUUAAUAUAAUGAAGCUCAACACUGUG